AUGGCUUGCGCUGCCAUCUGCCGAGUGGUGGCGGUACUGGUCCUUACUGAUGCUGUUCUGGCCACCGCUGCGAAUAACGCUACUCGUGUCAAGAGACAAGCGACGUACGACUCUGGCUCGGGGCGCUGGGUGUUCCCCGAAUCCGGCGGCGACCGCGAAGCCCGGUGGCCGGCGCGGCGCUACGGCCAGCCGCCCGCCCCCUUCGGCCAGGGCUACAGGCCGGGCUGGCAGGACGGUGGCCCCGCGUGGGGCGAGCAGCGCCACUUCCGCCGCAGGCUGCCCGACGAGGGCGCCGGCGAGUCGGGGCGGCUGCUGGCCGUGUCACCGGACCAGCUGGCGACCAUUAGCGAGACGCUGGGCGCGCUCAACACGGUGGGCCGCUUCCUGGUGCGCGCGGCGCGCCACGAGGGCCCGCCGGCCGGUGACCCGGCCGCCGGUCACGGCGACGCCGCCUCGCAGCAGCUGCCCGCCGCCAUCCUCACGCUCUCCAAGAACGUGCUGGGCCGCAACCUCACCGACGCCAUUGCGCCCAUCGUGCGCGGAGCGCUGCCCGCCGGAAAGUGUACAAAUGCGGCGAGCCCGGACGCUCGCGCGUGCCGCACGCCGACCGGCGGCCGCGGCGUCUGCGACGACCUGAGCGAGUGUCCGCAGCUGCUGUUGCACCUGUCGCAGCUGCGCGACUCCAUCUGCUUCAAGAGCCUCUUCACGCCCGGCGUCUGCUGUCCGGCCGACGACGACAGCGUGGUGACGCAGCGGCCGACGCAGCUGGUGACGGUGAGGCCGCUGACGAGCACGACGCGCAGGACGACGACGACGACGAGCACGACGCGGAAGCCCAUCAUCCUGCCCAUCACGCCGCCGCCCGUCUACCCGGUGGCCACCUCCACCAGGUUCCCCGCGCUCAUAGCCACUGAUGGUGAGUGCGGCCAGCCGGAGAUCCCCGGGUUCCGCGUGGUGGGCGGCGAGCCGGCGGCGCCGGGCCGCUGGCCGUGGAUGGCGGCCAUCCUGCUGCACGGCAACCGGCGCACCGAGUUCUGGUGCGGCGGCACCCUCAUCGGCGCCCGCCACGUGCUCACCGCCGCGCACUGCACCAGGGACUCCCGGCAGCGCCCGUUCAGCCCAUCGCAGCUAACGGUUCUGAUGGGAGAUAUUGACCUGAAACGUCAGGAUGAGCCUUCGCAGCCAGAGCAGUACAAAGUGGUCCAGGUUAAAGCACAUCCCAAGUUCAACCGCGUGGGCUACUACCACGACAUCGCGCUGCUGGAGCUGGAGCGGCCGGUGCGUCGCUCUCGCUACUCCAUCCCCAUCUGCCUGCCGGACAACGAGCUGCGCGACGAGCCCUUCGUCGGGACGCGGCCCACCGUCGUCGGCUGGGGCAGCACCCACUACGGUGGCAGAGAAAGUACUGUUCAGAGGCAGGCAUCCAUCCCCGUGUGGCGCAAUGAGGACUGCGACAGGCGGUACCUGCAGGACAUCACCGAGAACUUCAUCUGCGCCGGCUACGCCCAGGGAGGGAAGGACGCUUGCCAGGGUGAUUCCGGCGGCCCUCUGAUGCUGGAGCAAGACGCGCACUGGAUCCAGAUCGGCAUCGUCUCAUUCGGUAACAAGUGUGGGGAGCCGGGCUACCCCGGCGUCUACACCAGGGUCACCCACUACCUCGACUGGAUAAAGGAGAACAUGUACGAGUGACAGAGGGGGCGUGCUACCGAAUGAGCCCAGAUGUCCUCGCGUCAUGGAGGACACUCGGCGCGGGGGGGUGCUUCCUGUGGGUUGAGACGGACUUU